AUGUCCGUGACUUUACAACGUUAACAAAGUUAUAAGUGCAUUUUGGAUUACUUUGCUGUGAAAUUUUCAGUCAAAUUUUACUCUAAUAGAUGUAAAUUUCGGUAUAAAUUUGAUAAAUUAUGCCACGCGAGAAUCGUAAAAUGAUACUUGCAAAUAUUGUUGCCCUGUCGGUGCAAAUCGGUCUUCGAGUUGUCGGAAUUUGGCCAAAUGCACCGUAUACAUUGUUGUUUCGAUGCGGGUGGAUAUUCACCACAGGCAUAAUACAAACUUGCCAAUAUUGGUGGAUCAUUAUCCACUUCGGAACUGAAGAUCUCUCGCAUCUUUUAGAUGGUUUAAGCGUCACUAUGGAAUACACUGUGAUGCUUCUGAAAUUAAUUAUACUAUGGUUAAAUAGUCGUAUAUUUUACGACGCCCUAGCUGCGAUGGUCUCGGAUUGGAAGGAAGCCACCAUCAACGACAUGCAUACCAUGACGAGCAAGGCCAAUCUGUCGCGACGCUUUUCCAACGUGAUCAUCGGGCUCCAUUCAGUGGGAGCGUUUACUUAUGGCAUCGGCGUUCUCGUAUCCCAUUCCGAUGACCAUGAUGCCGAUGCGAUUGAGCCCGUUCGAAUGCAACGCGAAUUCACGCUGAAGAUGCAGCUCCCGUUCGAAUGCAACGAGUCGCCGUUGUACGAGCUCGUUAUGAGUCUGGAGUUCCUCCACCAAUUGGCGUCUUCCGCCGUGACCGGCAUACUGAACUCUCUGAUCAUCACGUUAAUUCUUCAUGCGAGCGGUCAAAUAGAUAUCUUGUGUGAUUCAUUGAAAAAAAUCUCUCCGGAAAAAAAUAAUCGAAAAUUAGCCGUUUCUAUCACGAAAAAACUGAUUGGCAAACAUCAGAAGAUCAUCAUCUUCUCAAACAAAAUCGAAAAGAUCUUUUGUUACAUUGCAUUAAUUCAAUUUAUGUCCAGCACAUUAGUAACUUGCUGUUUAGGGUAUAUGAUCGUGACAUCAAUCAGCACAAUACAAGUUUCCGAUACGAUCGAUGGCUCGGCAUUAAUGAAAGCUAUAGUGUUUUACAUGGCUGUUACGGUAGAGGCGUUUAUCUUCUGCUUUUGCGGGGAAUAUCUCAGUGCCAAGAGCAAAAUGAUCGGUGAUGCAGCAUACAAAUCAAUAUGGUACAACUUGAAACCCAACGAUAGCAAACUCAUUCUGCUUAUAAUGUUGAGAUCACAAAGGAGGAUCACCAUCACGGUUGGAAAAGUAAUGGACUUGUCGCUAGAAGGAUUUACGAGUAUCGUAAAGGCUUCUGUUUCGUAUGUAUCAGUAUUGCAUGCGAUGUAUUGAAAAUCGAAGAUAAAUCAGCGUGUCUAGAUCUUCAUUAGAUAUAUGGAUCUAAAAAUAUUGAAAUUUCUUUAUCGAUUCUCAUUUGCGGAUAUCGAUUCGAUAUCUAUGAUAUGAAUCGAUGAUGAUUGUAGAUAAAUAUAGACAAUAUGUGUGAUGGUGAUGUAUGAAAAAUUACCUUCCACAGUUUAUAAUAAAGUGCUUAAUUUUCACAAGUGCUUAUU